GCGGGGCGCCGGCGGCUUAUAGGGUUUUGGAACGACGCGCGCAGUCGUGGAACAUAUUUGAAAUUGUCACAGCAACACCUGCGAUCGCGCAAAAGUGAAUACGCGCAGCUCUGCCGCCACUAGGCACAAGCAGGCAGCACACAGGGUGUGAGGGCGCAGCGCAACGCGGAGCGCGGGACGCGCAAGGAAGCGCUGCUGCACGCAAGCAAAUAAAAUGGCCGACGCCCCGCCACCAGCGGCCGGCAUAAAGCGCGAGCGCGACGGCGCCGCCAAGGGCAAGGGCGGCAAAGGUGUUGUAGCACCCGCCGCCCCAGCGAAGCGCGUCAAGGACGCCGCGGUCUGCUGUCCCCUCGUUUAUGGUUCUCUAGCAUUCUGGCUAGGACGAAAAGCAGACGAGUUCCACACGCACAAGUGGACGUUAUUUGUCCGGGGCCCGCACGGCGAAGAUCUGGGCUACUUCGUGGAAAAGGUCGUCUUCAAGCUCCACCCGUCCUUCGCCCAGCCCGUGCGGGAAGUCACAAAACCGCCCUUCGAAGUCAGCGAGAAGGGCUGGGGCGAGUUCGAGUGCCACAUUCGCAUCCACUUCAAGGACCCCACGGAAAAACCUGUCGAAGUGUCGCACAUCGUCAAACUUUAUGAUGGCACGACACCCCAGGCCGCGAACCAACCGGUAGUUUCGGAGGUCUACGACGAGGUCGUCUUCACGGACCCGCGGGAACCGUUCUACCAGCAGCUCAUGGCCGCCUCCAAAGAACCGACGGAGCCCCACCCGCUGAACGGCCACUUCUCGAAAUUUGAAGACGCCGCCGAGGUCGAGACUUUGGUGAAAGCAGGGGAGUACGUCGCGGGGCAACUCCAGACGGUGAAAGAUUCGAUCGCUCGGUUAGAUCAUCAGAUCGGCCUCGCGCGGCAGCUCGAACAGAGCCGGGCGGCCCAGGAGCACGCCGCGCACCAGCAGGCGGCGGCGCAGCGCGCGCAGCAGCAGCGCGCGCAGCAGCAGCAGCAGGCGUAUAAGUAGGUUUUAUCUUUUCGUGUCGCGGCGACGGCGUGCGGGUGGGGUAGAAGAAGCAAAGCAAGCUA